AGGAAUCCGAAGUUGGGGGUGGUAGUGGGACCCACAGAUAAACUGAAAGGGGGCAAACGCACGGCCUUUGAUGCCCCAUAGUUGUCUCUUUACUCGACCAAUCCCAAUUUAAAACCCAUUACCCCACUCCCCACACAUUCAACCCUAUAAAAAUACCCCCAAUUCCCAUCUCCACUCUCAAUCAAUUCCAAUUCCCAAUUCUCAAUUCCAAUUCCAAUUUCAGCAAUCUCACCCAAAUCGAAAGAAAAAUUCUCUCUCUUCGCAAGAAGAAAACAUAAUCAAAUAUGAAGAUGAUGAUGAACAGCGGCAGCAGUAACAGCAGCAGCAGCAGCAAGAGAUCGAGAAUUUCAAGCCGAGGGCUCGGAGGGGUACUUCGGGAACAAAGGGCUAAACUUUACAUAAUUAGACGAUGCGUCGUUAUGCUUCUCUGCUAUCACGAUUGAUUUUUAUUUUGAUUUUCCUUUUUUUUUUUGUUCUUGGGUUCUUCUGGAGUGUAAAUAGCAGCUUAGAUGUGGAAACGGAGAAAUUAGGGUUUAGAUCUUCACAAUUUUGUACUAUUUUGCCCCCAAUCUCAGAUGGGGUUUUUCUUGUAUACAGUAGCGAUUUGAGUUGAAAUUAAACUAUUGUUUCGAUUCAAUUCUUUAUUUUUUUGGUUUUUGGAUUUUGAUUCUUUGAAAUUAAAGUAAAGAUUGGAUCUUUGAUCUUUCUCACUAAAAAUAAAUAAAUCAUUGUUUGCCUCUU